CUCAGCCAUGGGCUCCCCUGCGAUGCAGAGUUGAGGAUAGACGGAAUGUCACCCCUCUUGGCUUUGGGGCUCCUGGUGGCGGGGCUCUGGCCCACUGGCCACUGCCUCCUGGGGGGCACGCUUGCCCCAGAGAUAGUCACCCAGGAGGCCCAACACACCAGGACGCCUGUGGACAGCCUCCAGUUAGCCUCCAGCAACAUCGACUUCACCGUCAGCCUCUACAAGCAGCUGGCUUCGAAGACCCCCACUAAGAAUGUCGUCUUCUCACCCCUGAGCAUUUCCAUCGCCUUGGCUUUCCUCUCCCUGGGGGCCCGUGACACCACCCUCACGGAGAUCCUCGAAGGCCUCAAGUUCAACCUCACAGAGACCCCUGACACGGAAGUCCACCGGGGCUUCCAGCACCUGCUGCGGACCCUCAGCCAGCCCAGCGCCGAGCGGCAGCUGAGUGUGGGCAAUGCCAUGUUUGUCAGCGAGCAGCUGCAGCUGCUGGAGAAGUUCAGGGACGACGCCAGGGCGCUCUACGCCUCCGAGGCUUUCCCCACCAACUUCCAGGACUCAGCUGCCGCCGAGAGGCUCAUCAAUGACUACGUGAAGAAUAGGACCCAGGGGAAAAUUGUGCAGUUGGUCAAGGACCUUGACCUGCACACAGCGAUGGUCCUGGUGAACUACAUCUUCCUUAAAGCCAAAUGGAAGACGCCCUUCGACCCCCGGGAUACUUUCAAGUCAAAGUUCUACGUGACCAAAAGGAGGCAGGUGAAUGUGCCCAUGAUGAGCCUCGAGGACGUGAGGCUGCCCUACUUCCGGGACAGGCUGCUGAACUGCACGGUGGUGGAGCUCCGCUACACGAGCAACGACAGCGCCCUCUUCGUUCUCCCCGACGAGGGCACGAUGGAGGCCUUGGAGGCCGUGCUGUUCCCAGAAAUGCUGAGAAGCUGGAGAGACUCACUGCGGAUGAGGUUUAUAGACAGGCUCUUCCUGCCAAAGUUUUCCAUCUCCAGCAGCUAUAAUCUGGAAGGCAUCCUUCCUAAGCUGGGCAUAAGGAAGGUCUUCAGCAACCAGGCCGAACUGUCAGGAAUCACCAGGGAGAAAAGCCUGGCAGUUUCCCAGAUGGUCCACAAGACCGUGCUCGACGUGGCCGAGGAGGGCACAGAAGCGGCGGCGGCCACGGGAACUAAAAUUGUUUUUUUGUCCGGAAGAAUUGGCCCACGGCUCAUUGUCAGUUUCAACAGACCGUUCUUGCUCUCCAUACACCACGACGAUACCCAGGACAUCCUCUUUUGGGCCAAAGUCACCAACCCCAAUCAAGCCUAGGGCUCCCCCGCAAGUGGCGGGGCCCCUUUCUAAGGCACCAGGUGCCCAGAUCCCCAGAUGCAGCCUGGCCUCGGUGCGCCAAGGAGCCGCGUGCCUGGCCCUGCCUGGCUCAUCCUUUAGAUGACGACAGUGAGUCCGCCUGUGGCUUCCGCACGCACAGGGAGCCUGUGGACCGUUGGAUGGGAGGCUCUGAGAACUCCAGCAAUAAACCUCCUUUCUGGGAUUAGA